GACUCAAAGGCACAUCAAAAUGAGCUACAUUUGGAACGUUUCGAUAUGUGUCACAGCUUUAGUUGUUCUAGUGAUAACCAAAUGGUGGUACCGAUGGUCAAACCCCAAGUGCAAUGGCAAGUUACCUCCAGGAUCAAUGGGGUUUCCGAUAAUUGGAGAGACAAUCGACUUCUUUAAACCUCAUGGACUCCUCGAGAUCUUACCCUUUGUCAAAAAUAGGAUGUUAAGGUACGGGCCACUGUUUCGCACCAACAUUUUCGGAACCAAUACUGUGGUAGCGACGGAUCCUGAUGUGAUCUACGAGAUUUUUCGGCAAGAGAACAAGUCUUUCGUGUUUAGCCUUCCGGAUAAUUUUCUCAAGAUCUUUGGAAAAGAUAACAUGUUAAGUGAACAUGGGGACGCCCACAAGCAUGCGAAACAAAUCACUUUAAAUUUUCUUGGCUCUGAGGGAUUGAAGCAUAACAUGAUAAGAGACAUGGACAGAGUGACCCGCGAGGAACUUAGAUCAAAGGCUAGCCUGGGGAGCUUCGAUGUUAAGGAGGCCGUUACAAGCUUGAUAAUAACUCACUUGACCCCCAAGUUGAUAAGUAACCUUGGAUCAGAGACUCAAGCAAAUCUUAUAGAAAGUUUUAAGGCAUGCAAUCUUGAUUGGUUUGAGUCAUUCACUAGUCUUUCUACCUGGAGAUCUUUCUACAAAGCUUUUUCGGGACGCAAAGCGGCUAUGAAGGUGAUAAAUGAUGUUUUUGUAUCAAGGAAAGAAUCAGGAGAGAAUCAUGGAGACUUCCUCAGCACAAUGCUAGAAGAUAACCUUUUUAAUGACAAAGCCAUUAUGGACCACAUCUUUGUUCUUCCGGUUGCCGGUAAAGAUGCUAUUUCUACGGUCGUUUCUUUGGCCGUAAACUUCAUUGCCAAAAACCCUAAAGUUUUAUCAGAGUUGAAGAGAGAACAUAUGGCAAUUCUUCAAAACAGAGAUGAUGAAAAAUCUGAAAUUACCUGGGAAGAAUACAAACACAGCAUGACUUUCACCAACAUGGUUAUUAAGGAGACUCUUCGAAUGGCAAAUGUGGCUCCUGUAAUGUUUAGAAAGGCUUUGAACGAUGUCGAAAUCAAAGGCAAGUAUUACUAUUAUAAUACGCUCACUUACUCAAACAUAUACUCAAAUAUAUUUGCCAAAUGGAACAUUCUUUUGGUGGUGAUGGGGCGACUUAUAACAGGAUAUACGAUUCCAGCGGGUUGGAUGGUGGUGGUUGCAAGUUCAGUGAUUCAUUAUGAUCAUGCGAUAUAUGAAAACCCUUUUGAGUUUAAUCCAUGGAGAUGGGAGGGCAAAGAGCUGCUUAAUGGUUCUAAGACGUUCAUGGUGUUUGGAGGUGGAGUGAGAUCAUGUAUUGGUGCAGAGUUUGCAAGGCUUCAGAUUGCAAUAUUUAUUCACAAUCUUGUCACCAACUACGAUUUUUCGAUGGUCCAAGACUGCGAAGUCACUCGUACUCCACUGCCUUCUUUCCCCAAUGGCGUCCAUAUCAACAUCUCUCAUUGUCCAACCAACUAAGACCUAGAUCUUAAAUCUCAAUCUAAAUAAAAUAAGCUUAAAUCU